GAUAGGUGCGACAGGCGAUAAAACAGCGAUAACAGUUCGGCAGGCUUCAGAACGCUCUUUUCUGGAAAAGAUUUGGCAAUUUAUAUAUUCACAAAUUGCAAAUAGCAAAGUUUGCAAUGUCGGAAAACAAUGAAGCGUCGGUCGAAACUAACUGUUUCCGAGGUGGCUUCACCUUGAAGGCUUCUCGCCUGGGCGGAGCCGUCCUCCGUCCGGCGGUGCUGGCGAACAGCAGUAGCUCCGGCAAUAGUUCCACCACCACAUCGCUGGCCGGCGGCGAUGACAGCGCCCUGCUAAGCAACAAUCCUUUCCUGCGCGAGGGCAAGGACGAUGAGGAGGACGACGAUGUGGUGGUGGUGGCCACCGGCUCCGUACCGGCCGAGUCGACCGGCGGCAAGGACGACGACGACGAGGUGGACGAGCGGCCGGAUCCGCUAACCAAGUUGCGUAGCAAUGGCAUUGAACGCUCCAGCAUGUUUGCCGCCGCCAAGAACAACAUGCCUCAUGUCCAAACCAGCGGCUUUGUCUUCGGCCAGAACGUGCAUGAGCGCGUGGUGGCCCCCAAUGCGGAGCAGGUCGUGGCCGCAGAGCCAGACGCAGAAACGGCCGGCAGCUCGGCAUCGGGCUCAGCCCAGGAGGCGGCCUCCUCCUCCACCGCCGCCUCGUCGUCGUCGGCGCAGCUACUCUUCUCCAGCGUCAUCCAGAACGCUGCUCAGACCACAGAGACCAGCGAGGCUGCCGCCUCGUCGUCCACCUGCAGUAGCAGCAACAAUAACAAGGAGUCCGCGGAGGCCAAGAGCCUCACAGAUGUGGCCCGCGAAUACGAGGAGAGCCGCGCCCAGAAGCGCAAAUACGAGGAAGUGGAGACCUUCACCGGCGAAGAGGACGAGAUCAACAUCAUCGACGUGAGCUGCAAGUUGUUCGCUUUUAUUAACAGCAAUUGGGAGGAGCGCGGUCGCGGCAGCUUGCGCCUCAACGACGCCAAGGACGGGCGCGGCGAUUCGCGCGUGGUCUUCCGCACUUCCGGCAACUUGCGCCUGCUGCUCAACACCAAAGUCUGGGCCGCCAUGGUAGUGGAGCGGGCCAGCCAAAAGUCACUUCGCCUCACGGCCAUCGACAGUUCCGGUGUACUCAAGAUCUUCCUGGCAAUGGGCCGACCGGCGGAUAUUGGCCAGCUACACAAGGCGCUCAGCGAGCGGAUCGCUAAGCGCAAGCUCUCACAUCCCGAGGAGUGCACCGUGGAGGAAACGAAAAACGGUGUGGCCUCCGAAGCUGCGGCAAGCCUGCAGCCGGAGUCGACGACCCACGACGACGAGGAUGAGGACGCUGCUCCGGGGCCGUCGGGUGCCAUUUCCGCCGAGGCGGACAGUUAUGGGCCGAGUCCCAAGAAGGUGCUCGUCCAGCCAGACAGCAGUGCCGAUGUCCGUGUGCCGCCCGUCGAGGAGGGCGGCGAGGAUGCCGAGGCCGAGGCCAAGGAAUCCACUGAUCAGAAUUAACCGCCACCGCCGCUCGCUCUUGUUCUUUUUAUACGAAUCAUACAUGAAGAAAAACGAAAACAAAACACACAAAAACACAACAACCACACUAAUUAAUAAAAGAAGCCGUGAAUUAUUAUAAAUUAAUUAUAAUAAUUUAUUAAUAAUUAUUAUUAUUAAAAAUAAAAUAAAUGAAGUGCUGAUUUGUAAACCCGUGAGCAGCGUCUACAAAAGACAUUUAUCCAUUA